AAAGUGUUUUGAGUCAAAAAUGAGACUAUUUGGAUUCUGUUUCUCAUUUUUUGAAUGUGUAUUCUGUAUGUGCAAUGUUUUUGUCAAUCACCAGCUUUUAAAUGUAAAAUCUCAGUAUAUUUAUGAAGCAAUAGCAUUGCCGGAGAUACUUGUUCCCCUUAAAGUUGGUUAAUUGAGGCUCAUAGUAGCUCCUUGACCAAGGUCUUAAAGAUAUAUGUUGUAGAUUGGGGCUUAUGUUAUCUCUGGAUUCCAUGUUCCAGUCUCGUUCUAGUAAGCUACACCGUAUCUGGUUGACCCUAUCUGGAGCCAUAUUUGUUUAGUUCAAGCAUGUUAAGACAUUGGAGUGAAGUAAAUUUAUGAGCCUAUUCAGUUCUUAGUUUUUACCUCAUUUUCUCUUUUCUCAAGGAGAAACUCUUGUGGCUUGAUUACUUAAAAAAUGUUUUGGUUCAUCAGAGUAUUCUGUUCCUUGUCCAGUUACAACACAGGGAUCACAACAAACACAGCCGCCACAGAAGCACUAUGGCAUUACUUCUCCUAUCAGCUUAGCAGCCCCCAAGGAGACUGACUGCAUACUUACACAGAAACUUAUUGAGACUCUGAAGCCCUUUGGGGUUUUUGAAGAAGAAGAGGAACUGCAGCGCAGGAUUUUAAUUUUGGGAAAAUUAAAUAACCUGGUAAAAGAGUGGAUUCGAGAAAUCAGUGAAAGCAAGAAUCUUCCACAGUCUGUAAUUGAAAAUGUUGGAGGAAAAAUUUUUACUUUUGGAUCUUACAGGUUAGGAGUACAUACAAAAGGUGCUGAUAUUGAUGCGUUGUGUGUUGCACCAAGACAUGUUGAUCGAAGUGACUUUUUCACCUCAUUCUAUGAUAAGUUGAAAUUACAGGAAGAAGUAAAGGAUUUAAGAGCUGUGGAAGAGGCAUUUGUACCAGUUAUCAAACUCUGUUUUGAUGGUAUAGAGAUUGAUAUUUUGUUUGCAAGAUUAGCAUUGCAGACUAUUCCAGAAGAUUUGGAUCUACGAGAUGACAGUCUACUUAAAAAUUUAGAUAUAAGAUGCAUAAGAAGUCUUAACGGUUGCAGGGUAACCGAUGAAAUUUUACAUCUAGUACCAAACAUUGACAACUUCAGGUUAACUCUGAGAGCUAUCAAACUAUGGGCCAAACGCCACAACAUCUAUUCCAAUAUAUUAGGUUUCCUCGGUGGUGUUUCCUGGGCUAUGCUAGUAGCAAGAACUUGCCAGCUUUAUCCAAAUGCAAUAGCAUCAACUCUUGUACAUAAAUUUUUCUUGGUAUUUUCUAAAUGGGAAUGGCCAAAUCCAGUGCUAUUGAAACAGCCCGAAGAAUGCAAUCUUAAUUUGCCUGUAUGGGACCCAAGGGUAAACCCCAGUGAUAGGUACCAUCUUAUGCCUAUAAUUACACCAGCAUACCCACAACAGAACUCCACGUACAAUGUGUCCGUUUCAACACGGAUGGUCAUGGUUGAGGAGUUUAAACAAGGUCUUGCUAUCACAGAUGAAAUUUUGCUGAGUAAGGCAGAGUGGUCCAAACUUUUUGAAGCUCCAAACUUCUUUCAAAAGUACAAGCAUUAUAUUGUACUUCUAGCAAGUGCACCAACAGAAAAACAACGCCUAGAAUGGGUGGGCUUGGUGGAAUCAAAAAUUCGAAUCCUAGUUGGAAGCUUGGAAAAGAAUGAAUUUAUUACACUGGCUCAUGUCAAUCCCCAGUCAUUUCCAGCACCUAAAGAAAAUCCUGACAAGGAAGAAUUUCGCACAAUGUGGGUGAUUGGGUUAGUGUUUAAAAAAACAGAAAACUCUGAAAACCUGAGUGUUGAUCUCACCUAUGAUAUUCAAUCUUUCACAGACACAGUUUAUAGGCAAGCAAUAAACAGCAAGAUGUUUGAGGUGGAUAUGAAAAUUGCUGCAAUGCAUGUAAAAAGAAAGCAACUCCAUCAACUACUACCUAAUCAUGUGCUUCAGAAAAAGAAAAAGCAUUCAACAGAAGGUGUCAGAUUGACAGCUCUGAAUGACAGCAGCCUUGACUUGUCUAUGGACAGUGAUAACAGCAUGUCUGUGCCUUCACCUACUAGUGCUAUGAAGACCAGUCCAUUGAAUAGUUCUGGCAGCUCUCAGGGCAGAAACAGUCCUGCUCCAGCUGUAACAGCAGCAUCUGUGACCAACACACAGGCUACUGAAGUUUCUGUGCCACAAGUAAAUUCCAGUGAAAGCUCAGGGGGUACAUCGAGUGAAAGCAUUCCUCAAACUGCCACACAACCAGCCAUUUCUCCACCACCAAAGCCUACGGUCUCCAGAGUUGUUGGUUCAACACGUCUGGUAAAUCCACCACCACCUAGACCUUCAGGAAAUGCAGCAACAAAAGUACCUAAUCCUAUAGUGGGAGUCAAGAGGACGUCUUCACCUCAUAAAGAAGAGAGUCCCAAGAAAACCAAAACAGAAGAGGAUGAAACAAGCGAAGAUGCUAACUGUCUUGCUUUGAGUGGACAUGAUAAAACAGAAACAAAGGAACAACUUGAUACAGAGACAAGUACAACUCAAUCAGAAACUAUUCAGACAGCGGCUUCUCUGUUGGCCUCUCAGAAAACAUCCAGUACAGACCUUUCUGAUAUCCCUGCUCUCCCUGCAAAUCCUAUUCCUGUUAUCAAGAAUUCAAUAAAACUGAGAUUGAAUCGGUAAAAACAACCUCAGGGGUCCAUAAACAAUAUCUGCCAACUCAACCUGUUGUCUUCAAAUGCUAAAAAAGGAGAAUGGAGGGUACAAGACUAGACAUGACUGAAAAAUGGAUUUGGGUUUUUUUGGUGACCUCCCUUACUGGGCUAAUCAGCACUUGAUCGGAAGUCCAGGUUAGUAUGUGAAGCCAGGAGUACUAUUAUUAUUGUGUUAGCAACAGUUGCAUUAACAAUUUCAAAAAAUUACUGCCUUUAUAAAAAACAAAAACAAAAAAAAAAAACCCACCUCAAGCUAUGUUUGUAUCCAUAAUUUACAUCUGGAUUGGGUUUAUGUUUGCAUUGUUUGGAAAAUUUGCAAACUGGCAUAAGAAUUACUUAUUCUGAUGAUGCACUUUUAUGUAUUUUUAUUAGAAAGUAGAACUAAUUUUAGAUUUUCAGCUUGAUGGAUUUUCAUUUUUUUCUGAAGAAUUUCCUUUAGUCUUCAAAUUGGAUACCAUUGUGCAGUGGUGUACUGUUAUACUUCAGAGAAAGGAUAAGAGUACAUCUAGUUCAGUCUUUAUGAGGUAGCUGUAACCUUUAAAAAUGAAAUGUCAACUCUAGGGUACAUUUGACAUUGAAAGUAUAAUUAGGAAAUACUUGGUUUUGAUGGGGUCAUGAUUAAGAAAUGAUAUAUUGGUUUUAUUUAUAGAAUUACUUUAUUGUGCAUACAAAUCAGCGAUCAGCCAGCAAAUAUUUUUCUUUGAGCUAUGGAAGCUCUGUAUUCUUUUGCCUUCAUUGUCUUUGAAACAAACAAACAAAAAAACUUUAUUGCCCCUCCCCUUCCCACGUUUUCUUCUUUUUUUGCUUGUAUGCACAAGGCAGGACUUAUUUCCUAAGAAACAAAAUGCCAGUAUUUUUUUAAGCCAUGUUAUAAAACCAAUGACCCUGUGACCAUAUGGCACAGAACACUUAAAUUUUGGUCCCAUGGCUGAAACUUAAGGGUGACUAAAAGUAAUGCCUGUGAAACAUGAUAUCUAUCUUGGAUGGCCGUUUGAUCUCUAAAUAAGAGGAAUUUUGUACACUCCACAGAACUACUAUCUGUAGUAAAAUUGAUUUUCAAUUUUAAACAUGUGAGCAAAAAGGCAUUUUCUCCAGGAUUUUAAAAAUAAUUUUUAUUUUUAAAUGGUUUACCAAAGUUUGUCAGCAAAUUUUACAUAUGAAAGCAUUUUAAAAAUCAUUUCUAAUAAGCACUUGACAUCUAAUCAGUUCUCUACUCCUUUUUUAUUUUAUCAAAAGAUUAGGAAGUUUUCUUGAAAGAAGAUAAUUUCUCAUAAUUAAGCAGCAAAACAUCUAUCUUUACAAAAUAGGAGGGAUACCAAAUGUUGGUAAACUUACACUCUUUCUUAAUCUGGACAAAGUAAGGCUAACAGAUUUUUCUGAUGAGCAUGUUUAUGAAUCCUCCAUUGUGCUCCAUUCUAUCACAUGUGCAUUUUUCAUCUUUAACUGCAAUUACUUAAACUCUUCCCCAUCCUUCUAAAUUAAUUUUCUGAAGUUAGAGUGUAGUAUUUCCCCCUUUAGGCUAUGCAUUAAUUGAGGCUUUCUUUUCACCAUGAUUUUAUGAUGUCUAGUACACAAUCUUUCUACUUCCCACAUCGUGCUCUGCACAGUCACCUUGCCCUUCCUCCCACCACCUAUGAGAAAAGAUGGUCAUACUAACAGGUGAAGUGUACAAGGUGUCUGUGUGUUUUGUGUAGCUUCAGAGUUAGAUUGAAAUUACCAGGCACAGAUUUAGUCUUGUCAUUUUGUUUACGCUUUGGGGAAAACAAUUCAGUUUAUUAAACGUUUCAUGUAACUGCACCCAAGUUUUGCCAAGCUGGAAACCUGGAUCUUUUCUGUGUAGUGAGUUUUUAAUUCUAGUUUUCAUAACCUGGAGAUCAGACUGUUGCUUUCGCAUGAUGUAUGUAGUGUCUCAUGACUGGAGUUUGCUUUGUUUUAUAGUAUCUGUACUCCUUGUAUUUUUCAAGAGCUAUUUUGUAAACAGAUGAUGUAUUUCUCCAUUGAAAACACAAUAAAAAAAAACAGCACAAUCUC